CAUGGCCGGGAGCCGGAGCAAGGCCUCCCUCCGUGUGUGGCUGGUGUGCCCCGCGCUGCUCGGCUGUUUCCUGCUGGGCUUUCUUACAGGGUGGUUUACAAAACUGACUGAGAAAAACCCCAACUCUUCAAAUGUGCAUCAAAAUGUGAGACAGAAAUUUGUGGCUGAAAUGAAAGCAGAGAACAUCAAGAAAUUUCUUCGUUCAUUUACCAAGUUGCCUCACCUCGCAGGAACUGAACAGAAUCUUCUUCUUGCCAAAAAAAUUCAAGGCCAGUGGAAGGAAUUUGGAUUGGAUUCAGCAGAACUUGUUAAUUAUGAUGUGCUUCUUUCAUACCCAAAUGAAGAGCAGCCAAACUACAUUUCACUAAUUGAUGAGCAAGGGAAUGAGGUUUUCAAUACAUCGUUGUUUGAACCACCUCCACAGGGGUAUGAAAACGUUACUGAUAUACUACCACCAUAUAAUGCUUUUUCAGCACAGGGAGUGCCAGAGGCAGAUCUGGUGUAUGUGAAUUAUGGCCGUACAGAAGAUUUUUUUAAGCUGGAGCGUGAAAUGGAAAUUAACUGUACAGGAAAGAUUGUCAUUGCCAGAUAUGGGAAGAUCUUCAGAGGAAACAAAGUUAAAAAUGCCAUAUUAGCAGGAGCCCAAGGGAUCAUACUUUACUCUGACCCUGCUGACUACUGUGCACCUGGAGUAGAUCCUUAUCCAAACGGCUGGAACCUGCCAGGUGGAGGAGUCCAGCGUGGGAAUGUAUUAAACCUGAAUGGAGCAGGGGAUCCUCUGACUCCAGGUUAUCCUGCAAAAGAGUACACUUUCAGGUACAAGGUUAAUGAAGGUGUAGGGAUUCCCAAAAUUCCAGUUCAUCCUAUUGGAUAUCAUGAUGCAGAAGUGUUACUGCGUGCAAUGGGAGGACCUGCAGCUCCAGACAGCAGCUGGAAGGGAAGUCUCAAUGUGCCUUAUAAUAUAGGGCCAGGAUUCACAGGCAACUCUUCUGCAAGAAAAGUCAGAAUGCAUGUUCAUACAAGCAACAAAAUCACACGAAUUUGCAAUGUCAUUGGCAUCCUCAGAGGAGCUCUGGAACCAGACAGAUAUAUUAUUUUAGGUGGUCAUAGAGACUCUUGGGUGUUUGGUGGUAUUGAUCCAACCUCUGGUGCUGCAGUUCUGCAAGAAAUUGUACGGAGUUUUGGUAAAAUGAAGAUGGAAGGUUGGAGACCUAGGCGAACUAUUAUUUUUGCUAGCUGGGAUGCAGAAGAAUUUGGAUUAUUGGGUUCCACAGAGUGGGCUGAGGAAAAUGCCAAAGUCCUUCAGGAACGGGCAGUCGCUUACAUCAACGCAGAUUCUUCUAUAGAAGGUAACUACACAUUAAGAGUUGACUGUACCCCUCUUCUCUACAAACUGGUGUAUAAUCUGACAAAAGAGAUUUUAAGCCCUGAUGAAGGUUAUGAAAAUAAAUCUCUUUAUGAGAGCUGGCUGGAGAAAGAUCCCUCAUCUGAAAAUAAUAACUUUCCCAGAAUAAAUAAACUGGGGUCAGGCAGUGAUUUUGAAGCUUACUUCCAGCGACUGGGAAUUGCAUCAGGCAGAGCUCGUUACACCAAGAACAGGAAAGCAGACAAAUUCAGCAAUUAUCCUGUUUAUCACACUGUGUAUGAGACAUUUGAGCUAGUGGAAAAGUUUUAUGACCCCACCUUCAAGAAACAGCUAACAAUUGCCCAGUUACGAGGAAAACUGGUUUAUGAACUGGCAGAUUCCCAGGUCAUUCCAUUCGACUCUAGAGACUAUGGAGAAGCCUUAAAAGGAUACAGCAACAGAAUUUAUAAAUUAGCCAAGAAGCAUGAGGAACAGCUGAAACUUUACAAAGUAUCAUUUGAUCCUCUUUUUUCUGCUGUGGUGAACUUCUCAAAGGCUGCUUCUGAAUUUCACAGGAGACUUGAACAAGUUGAUAAGAAAGAUUCGGUUGCAGUGCGCAUCAUGAACGAUCAGCUGAUGUUGGUAGAAAGAGCUUUCACUGAUCCUCUGGGCUUGCCAGGGAGGAAGUUUUACAGACAUGUUAUCUUUGCUCCAAGCAGCCACAACAAAUACGCAGGAGAAUCCUUCCCAGGAAUCUAUGAUGCCAUGUUUGAUAUUGAAAGCAAAGCUGAGCAACAAGAAGCCUGGGAAGAAGUGAAGAGGCAGAUUUCCAUUGCAGCCUUCACUGUGCAGGCAGCAGCAGACACACUGAAGGAAGUAGCAUAGGAUGAGGGCUUUGAAAACUCCCACAGCAGAGUGUGGCACACAGAGCUGUCAGGCUGCUGCAGUGUCCCAGACUGCUGCCCUGCCUGAGUCUCCAGCCUCCCAAAGCACAUGGCAGGUGAGCAGAGCUCUGUGUGCCAGAGAGCUCCUGAGCUAGGAACUGCUGCAUCUCUGCUACUGACAGAACUGUAGCUUCAUGAA